CGAGUAUCACAACUGAUAUAAAGAAGAAAACAUCCGCGCAGGGAUGUCAUGCGCUGUCUCUGCGCUGGUUUUACGUUUGUUUGUGGUUUAUAAAAGCAGUGCACAGGUGAUGAAUGCUUACAUGUCGACCAGGACCAACCAUUGUGCCUGAUGGUGGCCUGACAGCAUUCCGCUCCUGCUCUUCCGGGAAGUUUAUCUUCACACACGUGGAGAGAAAAUGGCUUUUACAAACUUGUUCUCUGGACUGUCAGCUAUGGGUGAAGGCGCGAGGAGCGCCAGCGGGUCUUACGCCACGUCCAGCAACAGACUGGAGAGCGAUCCGAGAGGCAAGAGGAAGACGCAGGGAGAGCAGCGCGGCUCCUCCAACAAGAGACGUAAUCAGUUCCAGACAAAAGACGGCUUCACCUCCGGGAGCAAACCCUGUCGGAAGCAGGGCGCUGGGAACAUGCACUCCUCUAUGGGCCAGAAGUCCAACUCCCGCUACGACAGCAGGCAGAGCGGCCGCGGUCAGAACCAUCGAGCUGCAGACAACCGUAAUGUGAGGAAGGAGCUGCAUCAGAGCAGCAAGAAGAAGAAAAAUUAUCAACAGCAGGAGAGACCGGUAUUCAUGACUCAGGAGUUUAAGGACCAGAACGGCUUGUUGGUGGACGGCCGUCUACUGUGUCGACAUUACCUCUUUGGAAAGUGCAUUAAGGAGGAAAAUUGCCAGCUGGAGCACGUUCAAGGUUACAACGGCAUCUUGAAAAAAGCCUGCAAGUUUUACGUCCAAGGAUUCUGCAUGAAAGGGGAGCGCUGCCCGUACAUGCAUCGGUCGUUUCCGUGCAAGUUUUUCCACACGAAGGGGAAAUGUUUGCAAGAAGGGAACUGCAGGUUCUCCCAUGAGCCGCUUAACGACGUCACUGAAAAACUGUUGGAGGAGGUGUUGAAACAGGAAGAAUGCCUUCUUGAGCUUGCAGAGAAAAAUAAAGAGGAGUCGUCGGAACAGCAGGCAAGCGCAGAGGAGACCAAACCUGCAGAGGAAAACCAGAACCCUGAUUUUCUCACCCAACCUCUCAGGCCCCGCUUUUACAACAGCACAGAUCCUGAGAAGGAAGCCCAUGAGAAUCCGGAUGUAUUAGACGGCGACCAACCUCAAAGCUCUUCGUUAAACACUCAGAACCACCCGGAGCCGGUUUGUUACUCUGUGGAGGCUUUGCUUGGACCUCAGCUGCCCCGAACCUUCUCCAGUUUCUCUAAAGCUCCUGUAGGUCAGGAUUCUCCGUCUGUCCCUGACCCUCGCCCUGCUUCUGACGUCGCUUACACAAACCAGAGCCACGUCCCCUACUCUGUUGAGGCUGUCCUCAGCUCCUAUAGGUCAGCAGACAUUUCCUCUAGUGGCCAAACGUCUGAUCCGCCGAGUGAACGGACCGUAUUUUAUGCACCGCUAGUUAUUUCUGAGGGAAUCAAAGCGCCUCCGUUUAGAAAAGAGAAGCCUCCUCCGAAUCUCAGCCUUGUAGAGAAGGGAUCUCAAGAACCGGUGCCAAAGAGCUUCUCGUCCCGUGAAGUAAAAAACGGCCUCUUCUCUGACUCUGCAGCUGUUCUUUGCCAUCCAUCUGAGGAGGAGUCGGAGGGGCGGAAAACUUGCACCAAACAAGAGUCGGCGUAUCUUCCAGAGAAGUCUGCGUCUUCCAGAAGUAGAGAAGCCAAGCAUUCGCUCCCAGGAAUUAAACGCCGUCAGGUCUCUGUAGGAUACGCGGGUCCUCCAAAACAUCCAGCCCAGCUGAAGCCAAAUGUUUCUGAAGGAAGAGUGGCUGUUCCAGUCGAAGCUGGAACUACCUGGGAUAAGAGAGGAGAUCAAGUCCCUGAGGUCCUCCCAAACGGCAAAAAGAAACACCUUAAUGUCCAAGCUGCUACACUAGAACAUCUCUCUUCCAUCGGCUCCCAGAAACCCUGCAGGGAAACGGCCAGUCUGGGGCACCUUCCAGCUGGACUUGAUAAAACCCAGAAAAGACUGUUUAGUUGCCUUUUUGCAGCCCCCCUCACUGACAGUGUCACGGCAGGAUCAGACUCUUUCACUGCAGCCAUGAAACCUCAGGGGUCUGAGGAUGUGCCAGCUCCAUCCUUCUCCUUCUCCAGGCUUUUCGCGUCCCCCCUUAUCAACGAUCCACCGCGCUCAGAGACCCGAGCAGCAGGCGCCGCCGCUGCUCCUCCGUGUAAGCGACAGCCGGCUGAGAAUGCAGCGUCAAACUCCAAACCAAGAGACUCCGACCGGAGGCUCUUCCCAUCCCAGGUUAGAGCUUCUCACUGCAGGCGAACAUCUUGUGAACCCCCGCUGGGCUCCAGCACUGAAAAGGAUGCCAGGAAACAGCCGUCGGCUUCAGCGGGCAGCACUGUGUCCGGCUCUCCCCGUGACCCGUCUUCAAGUCGGACGAAUCGGCGUCCGCCUGAUGUCUCGUCCCCGAGAGUGCUCUCUGGUGUAGACGCUUCAGCGCCUUCAGUCCUGAAGUCCCUGUUUGUGCAGCUGGGUCCGUACCGAGAGGACGCAGAACAACCGGGCCCCGGCCAGAGCACGGCCCAAUCAGAGGAUGAAAGGGAGAGAGGUGUCUCCUUGAAGAGUUGAAGAAAAAGCAGGACGAGCGGAGGAGGAAAUGGUACGGCGUUUACUGUAGUAAACACGGAGCAGCUUAUUGCUUAAAUAAUGUCAAUGUGUUUAAAAAGUUUACAAAGACUGACUUUAUACCAGCUAAGUGUGAUUGAUUUAAUUGCAAAGAGAUUUUUGUUGUUGUUGAUGAGGUGGAAAACAUUGUGCCUCCCUGUGUAGGGUCUCAUUUCCUCCACAGGGGGGCAGUGUUGCUACGUGAAAAGCUGCUGGUUGCCUGGCUAUGGGAUCAUGAAAUAAAUGUGAUAAAUAAAAUUAAAAUAUUUAUUUUGAUAGUCAUCAGCCCCAUCAUUUAAAUUCAGCAUCUGAAAUAUAAACUGGAUGUGUUUUUCGUUAGGUCAAAGUUCUGGUUAAUCGGCAUGAUUUACUAUUCUGUCUGCACCAUCAACUCCAAGUCAAAUUCCUUGAAAGUGC